AAUUAUGAUAAGUCAAAAGUGUGUGCCUCGCACUAGUUUGAUCUCUUUGUUCUUCACUUUUGGAUUGACUUACCGGGAAAUUCUGUAUUCUCCAUGACCCACCAGGAGUGUUCCUUAAUUCCUUUUUGCCUGAACAUUGGCAGAUAUACUAUCUCUCUUCCCAGACAAUUGGCUGCUUAGAUUUUAUCUAUAUAUUCCUUAUUAACCGCUAAUUUGGGAAUCUCUCUUUUGGGCUCACGUUCUUCAGACUACUUUGUUGAUGUACAGUUAUUGAAUGAUUGUGGGUUCUUUGAAGAGCAAUGAGCCAUUCACUUGACCUUGGGAGAGCUGCCUCAGGUAAAAGGAGGUUAAAAGAUUUAUUGCUUCAAAGUGAUAAUCGAAAGUGUGCCGAUUGUGGUGCUCCAGAUCCUAAAUGGGCGUCAGCAAAUAUCGGAGUCUUUAUAUGCUUGAAAUGUUGUGGUGUGCACAGAAGCCUUGGUACACAUAUUUCAAAGGUUUUAUCUGUGACAUUGGAUGAAUGGUCCGACGAGGAAGUUGAUUCCAUGAUGGAAGUUGGAGGAAAUUCGUCUGCUAAUUCAAUAUAUGAGGCUUUUAUACCUGAAGGAUUCAGAAAGCCUGGACCAGAUUCAGGUCAUGAUGAGCGUACAAAAUUCAUCAGGGCCAAGUAUGAGCUUCAAGAAUUUCUGAAACCCAGCUUGAGGAUAACAUCAGGAAAGAGUGUUUCGCUCCAAUCAAGUGUUUCCAGAAAGAUAAUUGAUAGUUUCCGUUCACAGUCAACGCAAUCGAAGUCAAACUCGGAAGGCAUGGUGGAAUUCAUUGGGUUGUUGAAGGUCAAAGUGAUUAGAGGCAUAAAUCUAGCGAUCAGAGAUAUGAUGACGAGUGAUCCUUAUGUUGUUCUGAAUCUUGGGCAGCAGACUGUCCAGACGACUAUCAUCAAGAGCAACUUGAAUCCAAUCUGGAAUGAGGAACUCAUGCUCUCUGUUCCUCAGGAUUUUGGGCCCGUAAAGUUGAAAGUGUUUGAUUACGAUACAUUUUCAGCGGAUGACAUAAUGGGAGAAGCAGAGAUCGAUAUCCAGCCCCUGAUAACGUCAGCCAUGGCAUUCGGGGAUCCAGAAAUGUUCGGAGACAUGCAAAUCGGGAAAUGGCUGAAAUCACACGACAAUGCCCUAAAAGAAGACAGCAUCAUCAACAUCGCCCAUGGAAAGGUGAAACAAGAAGUGUCAAUCAAACUCCAGAAUGUAGAAUCCGGAGAUAUAGAUCUUGAACUUGAGUGGCUUGCUCUUGACCAAUAGGUAUACAUUGCUGUUUUUGUUUGUCAUUUAUCCUUCUAUGACAAUUGUACUAUCUAUUAAGUUAAUAUCUCACACCAUUUUCUCUCUUCUUCUUUUUUCCUUCA